GUAUUCCAGUGGUUUUUUGUGUUUUUCUUACUAUCCCAACCAUGAUGUCCGAAGUGCUGCAUCGAUCCGUUUCCAUUGGGAGUAGAAGAGCCCCCGAUCCGGUCGACCAAUUCCUGGAGCAGCACCUUCUCUACCGGAAGCACAUGGUGAUGGACCCCUCGUGCUUAUUCCGCGUGAUCGCCGAGCAGGUCUAUGACAACCAGAUGCUGCACCACGAGGUCCGCAUGGAGUGCGUUCGCUACAUGUUCCGGAAAAGGCGCAGUUUCCGGCGAUUUGUGAGUGGCGACUAUGACGAGUAUCUGUGGCAGCUGGAGAUGGCCAGGACGGCGGGCACCAUGCUGGAGCUGCGCGCCCUGGGCCACCUUUACCGUCGGAACAUCAUUAUCUACAAACCCUUCGAUCUGGGCCAUCUGGUCAUCCAGCGCAAGGGCUACCCAGAGACCCUAAGGAUCUUUGUUGGCAACCGCGGGCAAUUUGACUCCGUGCUUGAGAAGUCGGAGAUCGAGAUGGCCGCCAUUGCCCAGGCCGUGGCCUUCAAGAUGCUCUACAAGCAUUUCUUCCGCCUGCCGGACAUCGAUCUUGCCGUGGAAUGGAUGCUCUAUCCGCAGACUUUUAGAUGGGGCACCGACUUGGAGUUCGAUCCUUGCGGCAAUGUCAUCCGUUUGCUCUGCAGCAAUGGUCGCAGUUUCACGCUGGAUCGCCCCGAGAACACCAGUUGUAUCCUGGCCAACUAUCAGGACUGCCCGUUCCAUAAUCCCUGCAUAAAGAUUGGCCGUUUCAUGAUGUCCUGCAUGCGGCGUCUUCUCGAGCGAAGACGCGCACCCAUCACCUAUAUGACAGCCAAGUCCCUGGAUCCCUAUAUCUAUCGCAACGUGGAGCUUAAUUGCCUGAAGGAUCUUCGCGAAGCGAAUAAUUCCGAUGUCUAUAAAGGCGACUAUGACUUCAAGGUGGGAGCCAAGUGCCAGGUGGAGUUAGAGGCCAGCCGGCGGCUUAGUGUUUGCCAUAUCCAGGCCAUCAAUGAAGAUAAAUCCUCCUGUCUGGUGUUUGUCGAGGGGCAGGGCAAAUUUCAAGACGUGCCGUAUAGGAAUCUACAUCCUAUGCCGCCAAACGAAUUUCAACCUUGGGAUUGUCAGCCCAAGGAGCGGAUCAGCCGAAAUCGGCGCUACCAGUUGAGACGCAUAGCGAGGCAGAGGCAAAAAGCGGCCAAUCCGCAGGUGCAAGGACAAAUAAAUCAUCGCCAAAACUUCAAAAAGGCUGCCCCAGGUCCCAAAAAGCUGUCUCACCCGACUCCGCCUGUUAAAUGUCAUCAAGUUGAAUCUCGGCCUGACCAACAGAUUGCUACGGCUCCGGCUGUCCCUCAGUUAUCCACGCCUCCACCGCAGGCCAUUGCCCGCCCGGUUUUUCUACCGGCUCCACCGCCCCUUUUUGGCCCUCUUGGACCAAAACUGAUAAUUCGUCCUCCCGUGCCAAUCUUCUUCGUUACACCACCACGAGCUGAAGCUCCAACAGGCCUGAUGGCGCUUCCUUUUGUUGUUCGCAACUCUUCCGUGAUGAUCAAUUCGGUUAAUAAGCCCAACCCGCCUCCUACAUAG